AUUCUGGCAGCUCCUGAGCAGAGUGCAACAGUUAGUCCACAUAGCAGGAACUCGGGAACUCUGCUGUUCUCCUUUCUUUUUUCUUUUGUUUUUUUUGUUUUUUGUUUCUUGAGUUCCUUUACCUGGUCAAGAAUUUUUUUUAUCCCAAAAUAAUCUCUUGAAGCCAUGGAGUUGUGGAAUUUUCAUUUGAACCUAAGGACAUUGCUGCUCACUAUGAUGAUGUUCAAAUGGGGAACUCUCUGCACUGCUACAUCUGAGAAAUGUUUGUCUGCACCCUGUCAGAAUGGAGCUACCUGUGUGGACACCAUGAACGAUUAUGCCUGCAUCUGCGCUAAAGGUGGAGUGCAGUACAUGGGCAAAAACUGCGAUGAACUUUAUGAAGCCUGUACCUUUGCUCCAUGUUUGGACUGCAUCAGCACCCCUGGUGAAACAGAAUACCAGUGUGUUUGCCCUGAAGGACUUACAGGUGUCAACUGUACGGAGGACGUGGAUGAGUGUCACAGCAGCCCCUGCUCUGAACCUCAAACUUUGUGUGUAGACCAGUUGAAUGGAUACUUUUGCAGGUGUCCCCCUGGUUAUGGCGGUCUGGACUGCAGGACACGUGUGACCGACUGCAUCGAUGAACCCUGCAGGAACAAUGGAACUUGCGUGUUAAAACCAAAUGGUUUUGAAUGUCACUGCGCUCCUGGGUUUGAAGGGAAGACCUGUGAAGAAGAUGUGAAUGAGUGUUCCUCUGAGCCCUGUCAGAAUGGAGCCAUCUGCAUUGACGGAGUUGCAGAAUUCCACUGUUUUUGUGUGCCUGGUUUCCAGGGCCACAACUGUGAAAUCGACAUCAAUGAGUGCGCCUCACAGCCCUGUGAGAACAAUGCCACCUGCAUCAACGACAAGGACCACUAUGAGUGUGACUGCCUGCUAGGCUUUGCAGGAGUGAACUGUGAAACUGAAAUCGACGAAUGCGAGUCCCAUCCCUGCCAAAACGGUGCCAUUUGCCAUGACUUGUUUGGAAUGUACUCCUGUGAGUGUAUGCCUGGGUUUGAUGGCACUGACUGUGAGGUGGAUGUCGAUGAAUGCGCCAGCGAACCCUGCCAGAAUGGAGCGUUCUGUCGGGACAUGGUGAACAGCUAUGAAUGUGACUGCAGUGACACAGGCUUUGAGGGAGACCAUUGUCAGGUGGACAUCCUUGAAUGUGCAUCUGAUCCCUGUCAGCAUGGAGCUACAUGUGUAGAGGGAAUCAAAGGAUACACCUGCAUGUGUUGGCCAGGUUAUGAGGGACACAAUUGCGAGGUUGACAUAGAUGAGUGCAUUGAGCAUCCAUGUGAAAAUGACGGAGAGUGUUUUGAACGCUCAGAUCUGUCUCACUGGGAGCUGGACUGGAAGUUCAGCUUUGCAGAAGCUGCUGGAUAUAUUUGCCACUGUCAACCAGGGUUUACAGGAGAGAACUGCUCCAUAAACAUUGAUGAGUGUGAGUCUGAACCCUGUCAGAAUGGAGGUUUUUGUCAGGAUAAGGUCAACGGCUACAGCUGUGCUUGUCCUGUUGGAUUCUUAGGUGAACAGUGUGAAAUAAACUUUAAUGAGUGUGAGAGUCAGCCCUGCCAGAACGGCGGCAGUUGUGAGGACGGCAGAGCCUCCUUCACCUGCCACUGCCCUGAAGCCGAUCCAGGGGAAUACCCCUGGGGGGGAGAUCGCUGUGAUGUGAAACUCUACGGGUGCAUCAACCAUGAGUGUCAGAAUGGAGCCACCUGCCUUCCAUGGCUAGAAGACGGAGUGCACGGUCACAGAUGCCUAUGUCCUCAUGGCUUCUACGACGAGACGUGCUCCACAAAGACAACGUUCUCCUUUUCUUCUUCUGGAUUUAUUCACCUCCAGGUUGACCUAGAGGGACGUACCCGCAGGAGUCUCAAGCACAACGCAGGGCAACGUUUUGGAGUACAGCUGCGUUUUCAGACAACUUUACCCAACAUGCUGCUUUUCUUCAGAGGGAACGUGAAUAAUUACCUUCUCUUGGAGAUUGUUAAUGGUGGUAUUCACGCUAAAGCCUUUUCCCUGGAGGCUGAGCUGGAGAUAACUUAUCCUGGUGUGGUAAACGAUGGGCAGUGGAGGGAUGUCCAUGUGUUUUGGGACGGAGAGGGUCUGGUUUUGAUCCUGAAAAGCCCAGACUGUGACAGAGACGGAUGCACUUUCAGAGACAGUGGAACAGAUGAACACAUUUUUCCCCCUUCGGAAGACUUUACUCAUGUUUAUGUGGGGGGAGCGGUGGGGGAGCUGAUGGAGCUCUCCCAAAGUGGCACAGGAUUCAUCGGAUGCAUGGAAGAUCUACUGAUCGACACAAAACCCAUUCUACCACAAGCAUUUCCAGAGGGUCAACACUUUGAGCUUGGAUGUAAUAAGAAGGACUGGUGUGGACAUGACCCGUGUGAUGGACAAGGACUUUGUGUGGACCUGUGGACCAGCUACCAGUGUGACUGCUUCCGUCCUUUCCAUGGUGAAAACUGCUCUGAAGAAUUCCCGUCAUGGACCUUUAGCCACGAGAACACCAGCAGUUUCCUUGCUUUCAAUGUACUAGAAAAUCAUGGGAGUAACUUCAACGUCUCUUUCUUCCUGAAGUCAUUGAAACCAGAUGGACUGCUGUUCCAGCUGAGGAGGCCCAGCGUGAAAGAUGAGGGCGAGGUCUACUUCUCAGUGUACCUGGGGAUGGGCAGAAUCUUUGUUAGUUCUUUGCCCAAUGGCGCAUCACUGACAGCUCCAAUAUUUGUGACCACUGGUGAGAAGCAGCUUCUGUUUGUGGAGGUCAAACAGAGACAGGUGAUUUUUGGUCAUGCAGGUUUUUACUAUGGAAUUGGAGAAAUCGCUGAAGUUACAGUAAACAGAGGGGAUCAGGCGUAUAUAGGAGGACUUCUCAGGGACUGGAGCUUGGAUAAGUGGGGUGGGUACUUCAAAGGCUGCCUCCAGGAUCUACGCAUAGACUCUGUGAAAAUGGACCAAGAUCCCUGGGGUGGCUCAAACGAAGCCAUUUAUUUACCAAGUGGAGCUGAAAAUGUAAAGAAGGGAUGCAUAAGUGAUGAUACAUGCAAGGUGAAACCUUGUCGAAAUGGAGGCGAAUGCUCGGUUCUGUUCAACGAUUUUGCUUGUUCUUGUUUGGAGGAAUACACCGGAAAGACCUGUGAAACUCGAGUGUGGUGUGUUAAAAAUCCUUGUAUGGAAGGCAGUCAUUGUGUGGACCUUCCUGCUGGAUACGAGUGUAUUAAUAAUGCCACAUUUGACAACAACCCCAUCCAUUUCAGCCCUGGAGGCUCACUGGUUGAACCGAUAUCUAACAUCUACAUGGAGCUGCGGACUCGAUCACAGAAUGCUGUGGUUCUUAAGGCUACCUGGGGUUCUGACCUUCUGAUGGUCGGUGUUCUGGAUUCUGUGGUUUGGGUGGAGAUCCACAUUGACAACAAGGCUGAAUCGCUGACCUUUAAAGGGAUCCGUCAAGUGGCAGAUGGACUCUGGCACCGAGUGAAUGUUUCCAUGGUGGAGAGGAAGCGCAGAGUCUCCCCGUGGAUCAUCAUUGUGGAUGGAAUCACAGAUGCAAGCAGUGUGCCACACCGCACAGGAAGUAUUGGCUUUCUCAACAAGGACAGGGCCAAAGUAUCCAUUGCAGAGAGCUUCACUGGCUGUUUGGGUGCUGUGAGGUUAGGAGGAGUGUAUUUACCAUUUAGGGAUGACAUCAAAGCUCCACAGCAGUCUCAGUUUUAUUUACUUGGAAAACCAAAAGUCCAGCUGGGCUGCACCAGUGCCCCAGUUUGCGAUUCAAACCCCUGUCUAAAUGGAGCCACGUGUGAAGACCUCUUCAAUAAGUUUGGCUGUUUGUGUGACUCUGGAUGGGAGGGAGUUAAAUGUGAAACAGAUGCUGAUGAGUGUGGAUCUCAGCCCUGCGUUCAUGGCAGCUGCAAGGACUACCUGGCAGGCUAUGAGUGUCACUGUGACCCUGGUUACACGGGCAGGAUCUGUGAUGAGAACAUUGAUGAAUGUGAAGAUCACGCCUGUGAACAUGGAGGGACCUGUCAAGAUGGAAUAAACGCAUACUCCUGCCUUUGCUCCAAGGACUAUAGCGGCCCCCGUUGCCAGUGGACAUUUCCUCCUAUACAGUGUAACACAGAUGUCCAAUGCAUUAAUGAUGGGGUCUGCAAUGACGGCCUGUGGGGAGCUAACUGCACAUGCAAGCCUGGCUUCACAGGAAGCAGGUGUGAACUGGAGAUGGACGAGUGUGAAUCUAACCCAUGUCAAAACGGGGGUUCCUGCUUGGAUCGUUUCAACAUGUUUGUCUGUAAAUGUCCAUCUGGCUACAGUGGUCCAGUCUGUGACGAUCACAGAGAAUCUCAUAAACAAGUCAUCUCCUGGCUGGUGGUAAUUGUCCCGCUGCUCUGCCUCUGCACUUUAAUCCUGAUCAUUGGAUUGACCUUCGUAGUGCUCACAGCAAGGAGGAAGCGCCAGUCUGAAGGUGUGUACAGCCCCAGUGCUCAGGAGCUGGCUGGAGCUCGGCUGGAGAUGGACAGUAUGCUCAAAGUACCGCCGGAAGAAAGACUCAUCUAGCAUCUGCCCAUGAAGGAACCAGGAUGUGGUCCGGACACUGCAGGCAGAUGCAAGGAUUGCUUCCUGGCACAAUGUAUCCUCUUGCAGGAGCAGCACGGCUGCUGCAGUGCAGUCAGCCUCAUGCAAGCUGUUUGGAGCAUUUCAUGUUUUGCGUUCAUUGUGGCUGUAAAUGCUGUGUUGUCAAAAAAUGAUGAAUGCAACCUAAUUUUUAGCACCAGCAAAGGCGAUUGUAAUGAUGUUUUUCAGAACUUUUUAUGUACAAAUAUUUGAGUUCUUAAAAAGGAUUUUAACGGUGUAGCAACAGCAAACAGACAGAACAACACAUGGCCUUUCUGACAGGUUAAUUUUUUUUUGCACUCUGUCAGUUUUUUUUAUCCAGGAAGUUCUGUGAGAAAUUACCGGUAGGUCUUUUUCUCACUUUGUCCUCGGCAGAUCUCAGCCCUCAUAUCAGUUUUAGAGUUGUUUAUUUGUUAUUUGUGCUAUGAAGAUGUAUAAUUCUUUAAAAACGUAACUAACAUCAAUAAAUAUUAUUUAUGCACA